AUGCGUGCAGCGGACGUCCAAAAGGACGAUGCUUACAUUUCCCUCGAUACACAGACCACAGUGGGCUGGCCAUCACUUCGCGGCUACUUGCCACCUUGGCUGGGUGGCCACAAUCACACCCAUGAGUCCAUUUCAAGGAUGCUCGAGUCAUUAAAGAUAGCCAUCGAGUCUUAUUUAGAAGCCUCGGUGUCAACAGCUGAAAUCACCGUCCCAUUCCCAAUCUCAGACACUUUCUUUGAUACCCUUCGCUCCACCGCCAAAUCCGAGUCGAUUUCCAUCCCUGCAACUCCUGCGGCGCCCGCUGGUAGAUUAGUAGCACAACCUGUAUAUGGCAUUGGCCCGGGAGAGUGUGGCUACGAUCCACAUGUACAGGACCCAGCGCAGGCGUUCCUUACUGUGGAGUAUACACGUUCCGCUUUGACCGCCCUGUUGGUUGUCGAAGAGUGUGGAAUUUACGAAGAUUUGCGAGUAUUACAUGAGACCCGAUUUGGGUCGCAAGAAUCACCCCAGGAUCGUCGGGCCAAGCUCACAACAGCGCUUGGAGACAUCGUCAAGAUGCCCGUCGAAUACGAUGGCGAGAUGCUCAAGUCACUAAGCAACGUGAUCUUGCUAGGUGAAUCAUCACAGGACAAGCUUCUACACGACAUACUCAAAGAUGUUUUGAGCAAGCAACAGCCGUCCGGUAUCAACACUGCGGUCGUCGAUCAACACCAGGAACCGGUUAACCCGGUGUUUGCUGCAUCAGUGGGUGCUGCACGGCUAAAUUUGUUUAAAUUAAAUUUCGACCGUGAUGAAUUAUAA